AAAAAUAUUCUUUAUUGACCCAUGAGAACAGGAAGUCAUGCAUCUGGGUAUCAAGCAAGAAUAUAUAGAGAAGAUCGAAGAGCGAACAAACUACGGCUAACAAAGCACCAAAUCUUAAGCAAUUCAUUGCUCAUUGUUAACAGCUCUCGUUUCUUGUUUCCAAUGGCUGCUUCUUCUUCUACUUCUUCUUCUUCCAAGCGUAGAAGGAGUUACGAUGUCUUCCUGAGUUUCAGGGGCACGGACGUCCGCAAUAACUUCCUCGGUCAUCUCUACACAGCUCUAGAUAAGGAAGGAAUAAACACUUACAUGGACAGUGAAGAACUGAGGACGGGGGAGCAAAUAUCACCGGCACUUAUGGAGGCGAUCGAGGAAUCCCGAAUCGCCAUCGUCGUUUUCUCCAAGAACUAUGCCUCAUCGAAAUGGUGUUUGCGUGAGCUGGCAAAAAUCAUGGAGUGCAAGGGGCAGAGAGACCUAAAGGUUUUUCCGGUGUUUUACAAAGUGGAACCACGCGAAGUGAGAACGCCGAGAAAGAAUUACAAAAAAGCUAUGGCUAAGCAUGAGGACAAGUUUGGGAAGGAUUCGGAGGAAGUAAAGAGAUGGAAGAAAGCUCUUUAUGGGGCUGGUAGCUUAUCUGGGCUGCCUUUUACUGAUGGAUCUGAAGCAGGGCUUAUACUACAUAUUGUAGAGAAGAUUUCAACUCAACUAAAUCGAAUGCCCUUAGAUGUUGCCAAGUAUCCGGUUGGGAUAGAUUCUCGGGUACAAGAGCUUAAAAAAAUCUUAGAUCUACAGUCCGAGGAUGAUGUCCUUAUGGUAGGAUUAUGGGGACAUGGAGGUGUAGGGAAGACGACCCUUGCUAAAGCCGUUUACAAUGCUGUGUUUAGAGAGUUUCAAGGUUCUUGUUACUUGGAACGUGUUAGAGAAAAUUCCAAAAAUUCCAAUGAUUUGGUUCUUUUGCAAGAAAAAUUGCUAUUGGAGGUAUUACCGGGGAAGAGCUUAACAGUCUUCAAUGCUAGUGGAGGAAGUCGGUUGAUUCAGGAGAGACUUUCUAACAAGAAAGUUCUUAUUAUACUUGAUGAUGUUAAUGAUCUAGGCCAGUUAGAUUCUCUAGCCGGAGAUUGUAAGUGGUUCGGUAAAGGUAGUCGGAUAAUCAUCACAACAAGAGAUAAGCAUCUGCUAACUUCUCAUGGGGUAGAUUUGAAUCGUAUAUAUGAAGUGAAAGCUCUCAAGGGUGGGGAAGCUCUUGAACUUUUUAGAAGGCAUGCUUUUCUAAGAAAUCAGCAAAUAGAAAUGAGGAGCAAUCUUGUUGAUAGUGUUUUACGUUAUGCAAGAGGCCUUCCUUUGGCACUUAAGGUGUUGGGCUCUUUCUUGUGUGGUAGAGGAGAAGAAGAAUGGGAAAGUGCCCUGGAGAAACUUGCCAAAAGUCCUGACAAGGAUAUUAAUGAUGUGCUAAAGGUGGGUUAUGAGGGAUUGGAGGACUAUGCAAAGGAAAUUUUUCUUGAUAUCGCAUGUUUCUUUAAGGGGCAGAGUACAUCGGACAUUAAGAAAGUUCUUGAUAGUUGUGGUUUCCACACGACUAUUGGGCUAAAAGUUCUCAUUGAGCGCUGCUGGAUUAGUGAAGAGGGAGGGACCUUUCAAAUGCACGACUUAAUACAACUAAUGGGCAGGGAUCUUGUUGAGGAAGAAUGCCGUGACGAUCCCGGUAAACGGAGUAGGUUAUGGCAUUAUGAUGAUGUUCGUGAUGUUCUAUCCAGAGAUUUGGGAACAGCUGCAGUAAAAGCCAUUGUUUUGAAGCUACCAAAACCAGCAGAGAUAUAUAUUGGUCCUAAUGCUUUCACAAAAAUGAGAAAGUUGAGGGUGCUCAUCCUGCAUGACGUUCAUAAUCCUUUCCAAGAAUUUGGCGGUGGUGAAAAGAAGUUAGUUGGACUUGAUCUGCAGAAUACCAACAUCGAAGGAGUGCUGAAACAAUUUAAGGGGACGCUGGUGGCGGAAUGUGCAAGGAGAGGCUGUAACAGUGGUGGCGGAGGAGGUGGAGGGAAAUGGACUGGGAGGGACAUUGGUGGGAUCGACGUCAUUGGUAGCAGUAGUGGGAGGGACGUGGUGGUGGUGAAGAAUUGCAUGGACUCGAGGGCAACGCUGUGUAGAAGAGGCGUUGCUAUGGUCUUUGCUAUCAAGUAG